AUGGCGUCCAAACCCCCCAACGACAGCAUAGACAUCCGCAUCCCAGCCUCCUGCCCAGCCCCCAUCUCCCAAAUUCUCUACCACGCCUGGCACCACGACCUAUCCGGCCUCAAGCCCCUCCUCACCGCACCAGAAAGCGCGCGCGUGCAAGAGCCCACGACCGGCGAAUCGCCCCUCCACGCCGCGGUCCGGUCCUGCGCGCCCGCGAACCAGGGGGAGCUCGGCGGCGGCAGCGACGCGGCAACGGACGUCGAGGAGCACGCCAAGGCCGUCGUGCACGAGCUGUUCAUGAGCGGCGGGAUCUGGAACGGGCUCGACGACAACGACGAGACGCCGGGUUGCGUGGCCGCGCGGCUGGGGCUGAAGGGUCUGUACACGCUGUGCAUCGAGGCGGGCGUGCGGGCCGAGCUGUUGUUCGGGUUGUUGGAUGGGUAUGAGGAGCUUGAGUCUGACGAUGGAGAGGAGGAUGAGGAGGAUGAGGAGGAUGGGUCUAACGAAGAGGUGCUAGGCGAGGAAGAGGGAGAGGGUGCAAAGCCCGAAGCGGAAGCCGGCGGUGCGGAGGAAGCUGCUGCUGUAGGGGAGGAAGAGCAUGUCUUCGUGUCGAAACGUGCUCAGGGGCCGAAUGUCAACAGUGAGGAUUAUCUGCGUUCGAACUUGACGUAUAGCGAUGGCAAGCUGGUGGAUUCCGCUCAGAACGGCGUAAUGAUGGCCUGGGAAACAUCCAUCAUGCGCGCUUCCGUCGACGCCCUAUUGCCAGACCUUCCAGCUGGUCGCAAGAUCCUGAACAUUGGUUUCGGCAUGGGUAUCAUCGACUCUAUGUUCGCUGAAACGAAACCCUCGAAACACCACAUCAUCGAGGCGCAUCCAGCCGUCUUAGAGCACAUUAACGGCUCCGACUCAAAGUUCGGAAAGGAAUGGGAAGCUGGCGGCCCAAGUGACGGUGCUUACAAGGUCCACGCCGGAAAAUGGCAAGACGUGGUUCCUAAGCUGCUAGAGCAGGGUGAGACAUACGAUGCUAUCUAUUUCGACACGUUCGGCGAGGAUUACAACCAAUUGCGUUUAUUCUUCACCGAGUAUGUCCCUAGUCUACUCGAGGAGGAAGGCCGAUUCGGCUUCUUCAAUGGUUUGGGCGCUGAUCGCAAGAUCUGUUACGAUGUUUAUACUCAAGUUGUUGAGAUGCACCUCAGCGAUGCGGGUAUGGAUGUUGAAUGGCAAGAGUUAGAUGUAGACAUGAAGGAUCUAGAAAAUGAAGGCGAAGGAGAAUGGAAAGACGUUAAGAGACGUUAUUGGACUCUGGACAAAUACCGACUUCCCACCUGCACUCUUAUGGGAUAA